GCUAGUAGGAAAGCAUGCCAUAUCAUGCCCUAGCGCAAACCUCAACAAACAAUGCCAUUCUCCCCAAUAAGCCUAUCCCCAUUCGGUAACCGACCUCUGCAUCUAUCGCCGAACAACAACAUCCUCAAUUUGCAUCGUCUUGACCGCCAUGUCUUGUUGAUGUUCCCUCGUGCCUGCCCUGCACCAACCACGGCUCGCCAUCGCCUCAACACCAUGCUCGCCAGCAGCACCCGCUCCAUCCCCCUCUAUCCAGCACGCUGAGAAAAGUCUUCACCGCCCCUCACCGCCUACCCUCUUCCACUGCACGCCCGCCAGCAUGUCUGCCGCUCAACUCGACCACGCGCGCUGGGAGAGCACCGAACUGGUGCUCCUCGACAUUGAGGGCACCAUCUCUAGCAUCUCCUUCGUCAAGGACAUUCUGCCUCCAAGCCCCCAUCCCAACUCCCUUCGUCACGCGCCAUUGCACUCCCAUCCGCUUCAAGCGACACAGAGGGGAAGGUACCCCUAUGCCCUCGACCGUCUUACCAGCCUCGCCCGGGACUCGUGGUCCGACGCCUCCUUCCAGGACCUCAUCGCCGGCUUUCCGGCAGAGACACGCACGACUGCCGAUGCCCUGAUUGCCCAUGUGGAGGACCUGACGAGGAGGGAUGUCAAGGCGGUUUACCUGAAGGAGGUGCAGGGUAUGUUUUACUCUCUUUCUGCUCUUCCAUCACAUUUCGCUUUUCGUUUUUUCCCUGCAGUCGUUUCAUCGAGAUGCGCUGCACAGUGCAGAGGGAGCUGGAGUGUUCGGAUGCAGGCAGCUUCGACCAUGCAUGCCCUGUGAUACUCGCCGUCCUAAGAUUAUCGUCUGGCCGGCUAUAGCGCUGCACACUGCAUGCUUCCUCCUGUGUUUGCCGUCCCUGUCGUCAAUCGCGGUUAC